AUUCAACUAUUAUCUUCCAUAGUAUUAAGUCGUAACAAUGUAAUACAAUUUCUUACGAUUUCUAAUCCAGUCGAGUUUUAAUUAAACGGUUCGGAUUUCUAUAAAAGUUAAGUAAGAAAGACGGUUGAUUAAGUGUGAUAAUUGUGAGUGAAUUUCAUAAACCUGAUUCAAGCUUUUAGCCAGGGAUAUUGAUAUUUGUAUCUUCUAUAUUUUCCUAUUGCGAUUGUAAUUGGAUUCCUGGACUUACGAUUGGAUUUCGUGUGAUUUCUACUUGGAUAAUAGGAUUUAACUUGGAUUUAACAUUUUGCUUUCUGAUAAAAGUACUAGGAUUUUGAUCAGACUUCAAUCCUCUUCAGAAAAAGCAAAUUCCCUUAUUUAUUGAGACUUUUGAUUAGUGAUUCAAGAACAUUGUGAUUGGAUACCUGGAUUCUUCUCACUGCUUCUGUUUUAGAUAGAACAAGGAUUAGAAAACAUAAAUUUUGAAUUCAAAUAUGGAACCUGAAGAGCCCAUAGCCUCAGAGCUCAUAUACUUUGAUGAAACUCCGAUGGAAAUGUCCACUUCUGAAAUAGUUCCGGUCGCAUCGCCCAUGGAGGAACUAAGUCCCAUAAAUUCCGAGCUAAUCUCUGAACCAAUUAGCCUAAUCCCCGAGAGGAUUGGCUCCAACGAGGAGAUAAACAUCGAUGAGACCGAUUUGGAGACUACAGAACGUACUCCUUCAAUGAUAGCCAGAGGUCCUUCGAAGCUGGCAACCCGUAUGAUUUCCAAGGAGUCCUUGAACCAUGUUCGCCGUAUGAUUGCCUCGAGGGGCAAGAAGUCAGUCUCCUAUGAUCUGUGCAGGCUGCUGGAUGAAUCAACGGGCCAAGGACUCCCCGCAGCGAAGGUCGUGAAGCCGCAAAACCGAAUGAGGAAAUUUUUGGAAGUCCGGCCGACCAAGACCUCAAGGAUGAGAUCAAAAAAACCAGUAGAAGAUAAGAACCAGAAUACCAUCUCUACUUCGGAUAAGAAACCGAUUAAGGCUACAGAAGUGAAACCAAGAAAGGUUUCCAGGAUAAUGCCUUUGGAAGUCAAGCCGACAAGGACCUCAAAGCUGAGAGCAAAACCUUCAGAGAUAAAGGUAGAAGAGCCAUCGAAAGUGAAGCAAACUAAGGAAGUAAGGAAGUCGCCACCGAAGGAAGUCAAGCCAACCAAGACAUCGAAGAUGCGAUCCACAAAGCCAUCGGAUAAGCCGGAAAGGCCGGAGAAGCCUCUCAAAAUCAAGCCACCGAAGUUGGAAGUCUUAGAAAUGGAGGAGACACAGUCUUCCGAAAAAGAAGAGAAGCCUGAGUUGCCGAAUCCCCAGAUAUCUGAGACUGAUGCUGAGCCUGAAGCUGAGGCUGCCACGGAUGCUGAUAGAAUGGAACAGGAAGAAGCUCCUCCGCAGGAGGAAGCAGAAGAACAGAACCUGGAAAAGGCACUUCCUCGCAUCCGUGUCAAGCCCAGUGAAAGGAUCUCCUCGCAAACACUGUGCAGUCUGACUCGCGGCAGCCGUCUGAGUGCCAAUCCCUCGUCCAGUUGUAGGGGUAUCUCUGUCAUCGGCCUAUCCCUCAUAGCCAACGACUUGGGCGAUCUGGCGAGACUGGAGAAGUCUGUAGCCAAGUUGGGCGAAGAAGUCCUAGCGAUGGAGAUGAAGUCAAAGGAUAUCGAGAAGGCUGCUGGGAAGGUGGAGAAAGUGGAGAAAGUGCCGAAGAAAAAGGCCACAAAGCCCAUAGUAGUGCGCCAGACCAAAGCCACCCUGGCCAGGGUAAACAGAUUCAAGGAUCCCCCAGCAGAACCAGCUCCAAAUGAUAAAGCUCCCAUCGCUCCCAAGUCUGGAAAGAAGAACAUGGACAAGCCCAGGAUUACUCUCAUAGAUCGAUUGAACAUGGCGCUCCAGGCCAAGAAGGAUAAGGAGGCUGAAAAGGACCUCCAGACGGCAAGAUCAAAUAGAUCGGACAAGCCAGUGGUUGUGAGGAAGACUGGAAAGUCUAAGCAACAGACCAGACUGGGGAAGAAGGCAUCAGGCUCUCUUCUUCAAAGUAGAUCAAGGACGUUCCCGGUCAUCAUCCGCAGUCAGGUGUCGGAUUUUCGUAGAGGUGGUACCGCUCUAGCCCGGAGUAUAGGUACCCAAGCCGGAUUGAGGGCAUCCCCAUCAGGAACGAGUAGUAUUCAGUCAGCACCGGCUACUCCUCGAGGCAGGAAAGCUUCCAAAAUCAAGACAGGAGACCCUUCCCGCCAACCCGCUACUAAGGGGGGGCUGACAGAUGCAGGUAGGGGAACAUGGAGGAAGACCACAAAAAGGACAAAAAGGAAUGGGAAGAAGUCAACUUUGCAGAAGAAGUCCAAGAGGCAACCCAAAGAGAUGGAACCUUUAAUGAUGGUGAAGAUCUAUGAGGCGCCGAAGCGCCAGAAUAGAUUCGGAUGUACUGUGAUGACCUCGGCGGACUAUGUGCCCAUCCCACGGACUACUCGCCGAAGAGCGUUCUACGACUCGGAUAAGGAAAUCUCAUUAAUAUCCGAUCCAUUUCAGGAGUCGGAUUCCCUGUCUUCCAUGUCCUCUGUAUCUAAAAGUGAAGUUGGAGAUAUUGCCAUCGAUAUGCUGAGGCGACAGGCAUGCCAGUUGCGGAUCUACGAUGACCUGGAUGAUGAUCGGGUCGCCAAUCCGGACGAGGAGCUGGGACACGGUCACCUGUUCGGACCGCUCGGCGGUGUUCCAGGACUACCGGAUAAUGUGCGAGCCAUGGGCCAGGCGCUGGAAGGAGAGAGGGAUGCCUACCAUCAGAAGCUAAUGCUGGUGGACCAGUCGAUUAAUGUGAUGCCGGUCAUCGAGGUCACCAGGCUGGAUACCAUCUUAUGCGAGCUGGAGGAGGAGCGCAAGUUGGACGAGGCUGCCGCGACGGCUGCCAGAGUGGCAUUGCCUUCCGAGACUAUGGACGAUCCAGGAUACACUCCGGAAGUGGAGCAUUUAAGUCCACUCUCGGCACAGCCAACGGCGGAGGAUGGAUGUGACUUGGAUGACGAUGAUGACGCCAUAGAGCUCACAACCCCGAGGCCGUUGAUGCCUGUUAUCCCUCCGUCCAGAGCCUAUAGUCCUUCGGAGCGCUCCGACAGCAGCAGCAUCAACAUCAGGAUAACGACGAAGAAGCCAAAGGACAGCGAGUUUUAUGAAUUUCCCACAAAUGUAGAUGAUUUCCCACAGAAUGAUGACAACUUUAGUGACUUUAUGAAUGACGAUGAUCGAAAAUUUAAGGAUAUUGGCAAUGAGGAUAUACAUGGCAAGGAUCUCUCUAUCAAAGGCGACAGUGACAGUGGCGAUAAGUACCACGACUUCAUAAUGAAUGGCGACAAGGACUUAGGCGAUGAAGGAUCAAGAUUUUCCAACAAGGACGAUAGCGAUGACGACCGGGAUUUGCAGGAGACUGGGACUGGAGCCUUUUCAAUGCACAGUAUCCCCUAAUAUGUCCCCUAAUUAGUAUAGCAUAGCUUCAAAAUUACUUCAAAAUUUAUAGUUCCAGUUUUAACAAAACCUGUAAGAUGACUAUCAUCUCAAAAUUUAUAGUAUCUAUAUAAUUUUUGGAAUUUCUUGGCCUAGCAUAGCUUCUCAAAACACGCCCCAAAAAGUGGGGCCUACCAUUCAGUUUAUUCAAAAUUUAUAGUUUUCUUAUUUAAAAUUUCCCGAAAGUAACGAAUAGCGAUGACGGCCGUGAUUUAUUUAGGAACAGGGCUCUAAUUUUGGCCAUCUAUAGUAUCCUCUAAUGUUAAAAUAGUACGGCACACCAUCUCUCGUUUAUUUUCUUCCAAAUUUAUGGUUUCGAAUCUUCAAAAAGCCAUUAGAUGACUUAAUCUUUUCAAAAUUCAAAGUCUAUAUUUUUGAUAAAACAUAGCUCACACUGAGACGCCUAAAAAUCCAGGCAUACCAUUUAGAUAAAUCAAAAUUUAAAGUCGUUAGGAAAAUUUCCCAACAAACUCUAACCUUUCCAAAGAAUAGGACCUCUCCCCUUUAAUUUCAUGAAAAUUUCAAGUCAACCUCAAUACAAGCGGAUCACUAGGAGGACCACGUUCAUCUCUACGAAGAUAGCCGCAAUUUUAAUAUUUUUGUAAUUUUAUUUAUUUCAAAUU